GACCCCAUCUUCAGGCUCCCGGGUGGCCACGUUCAUCGUAAGGCCGUUCACCUUUGGUGCAGCCCAGAGACCAAAGUUCAAAUUUCCCCACGCUAAAAAAACAAAGCUGCCCCUCGGCAGGGCCAGAACCGUCCGUAAGAAGCGAAGCAGAGCAGAAGUGCAGUCGCAGCCAUGAAACCGCAGGGCCUUCUUCUCAUCUGCAGCGCCGUUUUCCUCUCGGCCAGCAGCAAUCCAGUCGCUCCGGCUGACCCCAUCCAAAUCCAGAAGGAUUUUGACGAAGCAAGAGUCUAUGGCAAGUGGUACGCCAUCGCGCUUGGCACCACCUGCAAGUGGUUGAAGACAUAUAAGAAUCGCUUCCUUUCGGGGACCCUGAUGGUGGCUCCGGGAGACACCAGCAAGGAGCUCUCAGUCACCUCUACAAGACUGCGGCAAGGAAUCUGCAGCCAAGUGGCCGGAGUUUACCAAAAGACCAGCAUCCCGGGAAAAUACCAGUACUACAAUUCUAGGUGGAAGACCCACAUUGUGGGCUACGUGGCUCGCACCAACUACGACGACUACACCUUCCUUGCCUGGAAGAAGAACAGUAGCUACGGCUAUGUCAUCACCACUCAACUUUACGGUAGGUGGCUUCUGCAGGGACGGGAGCCAGUCCUGUGCCAAACGGGGGAGGGGGGGUGUUCCUUGGCCCUCCACUUUUGGGGCCAGAGACGUGUUGUCGACGAUCCCCACAGCCUCCAAGGCAGUCCCUCCGGAUCCGACUUAGGCCCUGCCUGCCUGCAGAAAGACCCUCCUCUCUCUCUGGGCCCCCAGCUGGAAGAAAUGGCGCACAUACACGCACACACCUGAUCCCCAGCAGAGGAG